UGGAACGUCACGUGACUAGCACGUGAUCAAAACAAAGGGAAAACAAGAUGUCUGCAGACAUUACCGUAGACAUGCCUGUUUUACAAAGAGAGAAGCGCCCGCGAAUGGUGGUCCCAACGUACGCAGAUGUCUCUGGUGACGAACAGGAUGAUAUUUCCAGUACAGCCAGUACUAUCAUGGAAGACUCGUCUAUUCAAAGUGAGACUCCACCCACACAACGAAGAUUUGGUAGAGGAAAAAAUAAAAACAAGCGGUGUAAACUUCAGUACAAAUGUACAAAUUUUAUCAAGGAGGACCAUGGCCAGCCCUUAUUUGGACUUCAUAUAAACCAGUUCACCAAAGAAGGAGACCCAAUCCUUUUUGCUACUGUCGGAUCAAACAGGGUAACAUUGUACGAGUGUUUGGAGGGUGGAAAGAUCAACCUACUACAAGCUUACAUGGAUCCUCCUUGUGUAGAUAGUGAAGAGAACUUUUACUGUUGUACCUGGACGUUUGAUUCCACUACUGGACAACCACUUCUUGCUGCUGCAGGCCUCAAGGGAAUCGUCCGCAUCAUUAGUCCUGUGACCAUGUCAUGUAUCAAAUAUUACAAAGGUCAUGGUAACGCCAUCAACGAGCUGAAGGUCCAUCCCAGGGACCCGAAUAUGUUACUGUCUGUAUCUAAAGAUCAUACGUUGAGGAUUUGGAAUUUGAAGACGGAUGUGAAUGUGGUGAUAUUUGGGGGAGUGGAUGGACAUCGUGACGAAGUACUCAGUGCUGAUUUCAAUAUGGAUGGUUCCAUCAUAGUUUCCUGUGGUAUGGACCAUUCACUAAAGAUGUGGAAAACUGACCAUGAAUCCAUCCAAACUGCUCUUAAGGAAUCUUACAACUUUGUUGCAGGAAAAACAAAAUUUACGACAGUAUUCCAACAUUUCCCAGAUUUCUCUACGCGAGACGUCCAUCGAAAUUAUGUCGACUGUGUACGGUGGCUGGGCAGAUUUGUUUUAUCUAAGUCGUGUGAGAAUUGUAUUAUCUGCUGGAAGCCAGGACAACUCAAUGAUACGGACACUACGCUGAAACCAAAAGAAAAUAAAGUGACAGUUGUUCACCGUUUUGACUAUCGCGACUGUGACAUCUGGUACAUGAGAUUUGGUAUCGACUACUGGCAAAAGGUGAUCGCCCUUGGUAACCAGGUCGGCAGGAUUUAUGUAUGGGAUAUCGACACUGAGGAUCCAACAGCAGCAAGAUGCACAGUGUUGAGCCACAACAAGUGUAUCACAGCCAUUCGUCAGACUGCAUUCACACUAGAUGGCAGCACUCUUUUGGCCGUUACUGAUGACGCAUCAAUAUGGCGUUGGGACCGAGUUAAAUACUGAAUUAAAGGAAUUGAAGCUAUACCAAGAUCUGUGCAAUUUGAUACAUACAGUGAACACAAAUACAACAUUUGAUACAUACAGUGAAACAUCAAUACAACAUUUGACCAACAUGUGAAAGAGGAAAUUGAAAGUUUCACAACAACAAAUGAGUUUUUAAUUGACCAAUCACAUGUGGCUUCAUGGUUUGAAUGUUGUGUGUUGUAUAUACACCAGUCAGAAAUAAGAUGUGGAAACAUUUUCAACACUGCAUGGUGUUAAUCCUACACCUUAUUAAAAUUGUAUUGUCAGUUCAAAUCUGGCUUCUGAUUGGUGGAAAUUUAGGGGAUUUAACUGAAAAUUGGUACAUAGAGGAUUUGAGUAUGUCUAACACAGUGACAACAUUUUGAAUAGCUCAGUCGUCAUGGUUAUGAAAUAGAGGCCUCUGAUUGGUCAAAAUUUAGAUGUUGUAUGAUUUUGCUGUAAAUUGUUACAUAAGGGUCAGGAGGUAUGCUGAACACAGUAUUGAAAAGAUUGGUUGCUAUGAUAAUGAAAUGGAUGCCUCUGACUGGUCAAAAUGUUCAUAUAUAGAUAUUGUCCAAUUUUGAUGAAAUUUCAUAUGUACAUGGGGUUUAUGAUACUACAUGACUGUGACUUUGAAACUUAAAACUUGAUUGGUGUAUGAAGGGAUUAUGACUUAAGAAACAAUGUUCUGGUUUUUCUAUGCUUCUUUAGAGACUGUAGCAAAUGCAGGGUUAGUUUGGGGGACUUUUGUAAAAGGCCUCAUUACAAUUAAAAGUGGUUAGGCCAAUUAAGCUUGUUACCCCAAUCAGGGUUGCCACCUCUCAUUUCCUCGGUGGGAAACUCACGAUAUUGAAAGCUCAAUAAGUCUAAUGCCAUUGUGGUUUUCUGACACAAUAAAUUAAUAUAAAUGAAUGUAUCUACAGGUAUCAUAACAUUUCGUUGUCAUCAGAUGAAGGUAUUGAUAGACCUAAAAGAUAACAUACAUAUUUUCUUUAACAUGCCCAAAGAAAAAAGGUUAGGUCGUUUGGAAGAUAUUUCAAUUUUUAAUACCGUUGGCAUUUACUAAGGAUACAUGUGUAUAGAAAGUAUACUCUCGACUUUCCUCGGAAAAAUAUUAAUUUCAGACAAAAUUGAUAGGGUUGGUGUAGUAAUUAGAAGAUAUGUUAAUGUACAUUCAUUUUCUUUGACAUUAUGUUUAUCAGCUAGAACACAGGGGCCCGACCCGUUCCUAUGAUACAGAGUGAAAUUUAACCUCGAGGUAUGACUCAAGAUCUCAUUUACCUAUAAGUAAUGUUGGUUCAGACUCUGGAGUUAAAUAUUACACUCUAGGUCAUAGGAACAUGUCACGCCCCUGUGUAUCAGGAUAGCGAUAUGUAAAUUUGUGCCAUUUCUCGUGUAUAAAUCAGUUGUUAUAUAUACAAAAUGUACUAUCAAUCAUUUACUGGGACCAACAACUUCAGUUCGGCAGAUACCUCAAUAGGAUUGAAGUCUUGAGUUCAGGCAGCCACUCUUAUGCCUACAUACACAAUAGACAUUGCUGUGUGAAAAGUUUACCAUGGCUCUAGAUUUCUGAGAUCAAAGAGAGAUUAUGUAGAAUGUUGAUGUCUAAUACACAAUAAAUGUUUUAAUAUAAAAA